AUGGUAAGAGAGUGGCUUAGCAGUAACAUCCGCCAGUUUUCUCAGCACUCGUGGGUGCAUCCCAACAGGGCCCAUGGACUUGAAUCUCAAGCAUCUGGACUGCCUGAGUACAUAAAGAUUGUAGAAGUUGGGCCAAGGGAUGGAUUACAAAAUGAAAAGGUGAUAGUCCCAACUGAUAUCAAAAUUGAGUUAAUCAACCGGCUUUCCAAAACGGGCCUGCCAGCAGUAGAAGUGACCAGUUUCGUUUCAUCCAAAUGGGUGCCUCAGAUGGCAGAUCACAAAGAAGUAAUGAGGGGCAUUGAGCGGCACCCUGGGGUCCAGUAUCCUGUUCUGACACCUAAUCUUCACGGCUUUCAUUCUGCUAUUGCAGCAGGGGCUACAGAAGUCUCAGUAUUUGGUGCAGCAUCUGAAUCUUUUAGCAAAAUGAAUAUUAAUUGUUCAAUUGAAGAAAGCAUAGAAAAAUUUGAAGAUGUUGUUAAAUCUGCAAGGAAUAUGAAUAUUCCAGUGCGUGGGUAUGUGUCGUGUGCAUUGGGAUGCCCGUAUGAAGGAAACAUCAUACCAGCUAAAGUGGCAGAAGUGUCUAAGCGGCUGUACGGUAUGGGCUGUUACGAAAUCUCUCUGGGGGACACAAUUGGUGUGGGGACUCCUGGAAGUAUGAAAAGAAUGUUGGAAGCUGUUAUGAAAGAAAUUCCUCUGAGUGCUCUUGCUGUUCACUGUCAUGACACGUAUGGCCAGGCGUUAGCCAAUAUCCUCACAGCCAUACAGAUGGGAGUUGCUGUAGUAGAUUCAUCGGUUGCAGGACUGGGUGGUUGUCCCUAUGCAAAAGGUGCUACUGGAAACGUAGCCACAGAGGAUGUGAUAUACAUGCUUAAUGGUCUGGGAAUCAAUACAGGAGUAAAUCUUUAUGCAGUGAUGGAAGCUGGAAACUUCAUCUGUACAGCUUUGAACAAGAAAACAAACUCAAAGGUUGCACAAGCUUCCUUCAAUGCUGGAACUAUGAAUUAAAUCGAUUUUUUUUUGGCAGCUUAAUUAUUUGUCAUCUACCUUGAUCAAGGAUAUUUAUAUAAAGAAAACAAAUAGAAGAUUACUGUUUCAGCAAAGAGCCAAAAUAGAGCCCCUAUAUAACUUUUUAUUAUUGGAAGAUGUACUGUACUGUAAUGUCUUGUCAAGAACUGUCUGAUUUGUAGGUAAGAAAUAAAUGACUGUAGUACAGAACCCUGUGCUUGGUACUUCUACAGAUGAGAAAAAUAUGUAAACGGUGGGAUAUGUUACCAUGUUUUAAAUUGUAUUUUAGUUCUUUUCAGGAAAACUGAAUAGAAGCAGUGAAUACAUAGUUAAUUUUUAAUCAAGAUGGCUUUUAGAACAGUACAAACAUUUGCAGUAGUUUAUGAGAUCCCACACUGUGUGUGGCCAUUCUAUUAUGUGUUUUAUUUAUCUGAAUCUGUAUUUUUCAUUUGUCAAGUCAGUUGUGUUAUGAGCAUGGAGCCAAAUCCGAAUUCACCAUAAGAAUUUUUUAGCAAUAGCACUUUUUAAAUUUUUGUUUUGUUUAACAUCUGUUAAGUAUACAGAUGACUUUAUCUUGUUCCAAGACUUUGUGGUGAAUGGCAGUCUGCCAGAUCCUCCAAAUCUAUUGCAAAUUUCCAUAUUUGUUACAUAUGUUAAAUUUGUUGUAGUUGCUUUUUUUGUCCACUGUAUUAAAACUUAAUUAUAUGAAGUAAUUAAAAAUUGGCAAGGUUUUCAAUCAUCAUUCAGGGUGAUAGUAGUGUAGAAGGGGCUAAAUUUUGGUCCAAAGUCUCAUAAAACAAUUUGAUUUUUUAAUCUAUAGGCUAUGAAUUCACAUUCUCACUUGUAAAUCAUGAAUUUUUGAGGAUAAUAAUAUCCUGCUGGACUAGCUUACGUGAAAGGAAACACAAUUUUUCUUUGUGCUCUACUGAUAGUGAUACUGUACUUUUCAAUGUCUUAGUCCAUCAAGAUGCCAGUGAACUGCAUUGUCAUUUUUAGAUCAAUAAGGGGUAAAUUAAAAGAAGAGCCUUAUCCUGUCUAUAAACUGUUCAAAUGUACCAUGAAAGUAUUGUCAUUUUUUCAGUCUGAAGCAUCAGUUCUGUUAUUGCUUGUUUGUGUCGGAUCCUUCUGCGUUUCUCUGUGUAAUUAACCUUGACCUCUUCUGAAAAUAGCCUCUUGCCAUGAAAGCCCCAAACCUGGGACUAUGAUCUUUUUCCUUAUUCUCCAUUUUCCUCCAAAAUAUGCAAGGUUGGAAAAAGGUAAGAUGAAGGAAAGCGAAAGAUAACAUAUAAAGAAGGAAAAGGCUGAAUCAUUUUUGUCUGGAACUCAAGUCUGCCAAGUUCCAGCUGAGUCUCAUCUUGCCGUUGAAAUUCCAGAGUGAACCCUUUGUGAGGUCUUUUAGGCAGUACUGUAGUUUAGAAUUCUUAAGCACAGCGUAAGAAAGUCGAACUUUGCAUGCCAGGUAACUCAAAGCUAGAAACUUGAUAUAAAACCCCUAUCCUCUGUAGGCUGUACUGAUACUCAAAACCAAUAUAAACUACAUUGUUUUAGUCUUCUUGUGGUAAGAGUCAAAGAAUAAGCAGAGGAAUGUGUUUAGGUGAGGCAGGAAAUAUCUUGCCUAUCAAUCCAAAAUACUAAAUUGCACCCCUUCCUGCAGUAUCUAGUGAGAAGACUUUCAAGUACUCUUAAAGACAUGAAGACCCUGAUUUUCUUGGCCUGCUCUGGAUGGAUAGCUAAAUCACCACAGAAAAUGCUCCAUCCUCAUUUUCCCAUGUUUUAGCUGUGGCUUUGUUAUUUAGCAGCUACUAAUAAUCAUAGAAUCAUAGAAUCAUCUAGGUUGGAAGGGACCUUCAAGAUCAUCUAGUCCAACCAUCAACCUAACUCUGACAAACCCCAUCACUAAACCAUGUCCCCCAGCACCAUGUCAACCUAAUAAAACCAGGUCUUGAACCAUUCACAGAUUUUAAAAAUCUGUAAUGGAUUAGAUCCAGUGAAGAAGUGAGGAGUCUGCAGCAGCACACCAUCCAAGGUCCUGUGAUCAUGGUUAACCAACAUGAGCAAAAUUGAGCUUCUUACAGAAUGAAAGUGAAGUCACCUCCCGAAAGAAACGCAGUUGUGAUGCAAACCACCUUUUAAAUACCAGCCUGAAUGUUGGGCUAAACAGUUGUUCUGAGAUUAGCUUGCUACUUAGCCUGAGGAGAUUCAAAUCAUAGAAUCAUAGAAUCAUAUGGGGUUGGAAGGAACCUCUGGAGAUCAUCAAGUCCAACCCCCCCACCGGAGUGGGUCUACCUAGAGCAGGUUGCACAGGAUCUUGUCCAAGUGGUUUUUGAAUGUCUCCAGAGAAGGAGACUCCACCACCUCUCUGGGCAGCCUGUUCCAGUGCUCCACCACUCUCACAGUAAAGUUCCUCCUCAUGUUCCUCAACAGUGGGUCUAACCACCAGGAUAAAUACAGAACUGAAAGAGAACACACCUUCUAGUAAAUCUGGGUGAAGUUGUGCCACUGGGUAGGAUGGCAUUCAAAAUUCCUGAGACCAGAAAGAGCACAAGAAAAAAAUGUCUCUGCAACAAAUUAGGGUUUUUUUUUUCCCCUGAAGGUUGUGGUGAGGGCUUCAACUAUAGGCCAAGUUAGGAACUGAGCUGAUACUGUCUGCUUUUGUGGCCUGUACUCCAACUGCAACAUCUUAGAUAAAAGUGAGUGGUUUCAGUACUACCACAACUUUUGCAUUAAGCAGAAUACCUGUGUAGAACAUAGACUAUAGAAUAAAAGACCUAGCUCUGCUCAGUUCUUUGAGAGUUCUAGACAUCCGUGUUCCUGACUACCGUGAAGCAUUGCUAACUUUUGCACUAGGAAACCCUUGCGCUGUGGAGGAGUUUUCAGAUAUGCCACUGUGGAUAGUGCAUCCCAGGCUUCUCAGCAUCUGGGCUGUGGCCUGCAAUUCUGAGGCUCUUUAAGAGUCGCUGUGCACUGAAAAGGGGUACCUAUUAAAUCACGGGGAUGAACAAACUGAAAUGUCUCAGUUCUUUAUUGUGUCUGUUUUAGAAACUGCUUGGGAGCUCGCAGAGAGCCUUAAAAUGCAGGUCUGUUAUUCUGUAAUGAUGUGAGCAUUGGAAAAGAUGAGCAGUCACAUCUGGAGCCCUUGCUUCACCCGCACGUUCAGCUUCAACCACGUCGUGAGUUAUAGUAAUCCAGGGUGGAGGUCACAGACAAAUGGAUUGUUUGUCAGGAUCGUUACAAGGGAGGAAGAAACAUAGAGCCAGAUUAAAAAAAAAAACCCCAACGUUUAUGUGCCAAAAGUGCCACCUGGGAUGAAUUUAGGCCUGUGGGUCCAGGUGAGCAAUCCCCACAAAAUCCUUCUUUACUUGUGGCGUGUCUGAGAAUCCUGAGGCAUCUCAUGUUCUCACUGCUAAAGUUUGUUAGGCAUGUGAAGACCUGCGGCUUUACUUCCCUGGGCUGGCAUCAUUUUGACUGCGUGGAGCAUUUUAAGGCCUAAUCUUUGGCUUCACGCAGUAGGCCAUAUGUUGCCCCGAUGUCUGUGCCAUGAGCGGGCAUCGCUCGCCUCCAGCCCAGCACAUGGUAAAGCAGUUGAGACUUCAUCCCUUCAAAAACACGUCAAGAACUCUAAGUGGUGUGAUGGCCCUACUGCUCCCCGGUGCUUCUGACCUUCUAAAUCUUUACUCUUUUUUAGCCCCUCUUACUGUCCCCCACUGAGUUCGUUACUGUCACUUCACCCUGAAGCAACUCUCUGGCUGUGGGUGGCUUGCACCCAGGUGUUUGGCUUUAAUGAGCAGGUGUUGCUAUUACUAUAUAAUGAUAAAUAUAUAUAUGUUGAAAGGCAUCAAGAAAAAGAAACAGACUGCAGAAUAUCAUGGUCGCACUGUUGGGGUGUAGGGACCUCUGUGUCUCUGUCUGUUUUGCUGAUUGUCCUCUGUAAAUGCUGAAAAGGGGACAGUGUAAACUCUGAGAGUGUGUCGGAUAGAAGAAGUAGUUACUGACUGCCCUCUCUGAGUCUUACUGGAGAUGAAUGAGAUGCAUCAAGGUACUUAUUAUGUUCUCUGGAGACUUUCUCCUGUAGCUCACUGUAUCAAAGUCACUGCAGAGAUCUCUCAGAACAAUAUGGAGAUCAUCUUCUGCCAGGGCCAUGGAGUACAUAAACUGGAGUUCCCAGGGCAGUCUUUGGUCUGUGUCCUGGGCUGAGCUUGGGAAGGUUCAACAGCUCAUCAAUGUCAUGUUGCUGGAAUUUUCUUUAAUUUCGUAGCAGUUUUUCUCAUGUUGUUGGCAGUAGAAAGUCAAAUUCCAGCUUCCUUAUCUGCUCAAGAUACUACAUUUUUUUUAAAG